AUGGCGAAUGCUCAUUUCUCAUCGUCUGCGUCUGCUGAGCAAUUCUGGCUUAAUAGAGAUCCGCCAGUUGGUGCCAGUUCUGCGCUAUCUCCCUCGACUUCAAGUGAAGAGCUCAUCGGAAGCCUUUGUCAAAGCCUUCGCACGACCCUGAUAGACUCGUACGAUCAAGCAUCGACUGGCAUACCAAGCGCUAGCAAGGAAGAGGAGAAUGCCAAGAAGAUGCCUUUUCUACGAUUUCCGAUCGAAGGACAAGAGGGACAUUGGCUAGCGAAGAAGCAUGAAGCUCCCGAAUGGUGGGAUCUUUUUUACGAUCUAGCUGUAGUUGCGGUUCUCACCAUCUUUUCAACUAACCACGAGCUCAACAGACCUAAAGCCAUACCAGUAUUUCUUUCUUAUUACGCUAUCGUAUGCUGGGUAUGGACGUCUCAGAUACAUUACGACAUUCGAUAUCAAGCUUUGGACGGAUGGCACAAAGUUGCUAAAGCUGUCCAGAUUAUGACUUUCGUAUACAUGGGUGCUGCUAGUGGAGACUGGAAUCCAGGAAUGAUACGGAUUGAUGAGCCUUAUUUAGCAACCCAGUCACAAAUUGGGGCAUCAGAACAUCGAACAGCGAAUGAGAGUUUCAAAACGGUUCUCGCUGCGUUCAUAAUCUCUAGGGGCUUCCUUGCCUGCCAGUACACAGUUUAUAACGAAGAUAACCGUAUUUUACUGUGGACUUGGACUUGA